AGAAUGCAAAAGGAAGAAGCCUGGGGAGGACUCAAACUUCUUCGGGAUCAUGGUAAAAGUCUAACUUCUUCAAGUGGAAGAUGCGAUCCGUCACCGCCACUGCAAUUGUCAAACAUCUUCAAUCAUUGGAGAAGUCAGAACUUCUCCAACUGAAGGACGCAAUCCAUCACCGCCACUGCAAAAUCUAUAAAGCCACCCACUACACCACAAUAAUCCAAAUUUUUCUUUAUAAUACUCCACCACCACUAUUAUCAUCAUUAUCAUCAUCUUCCACCAUCAUCUCAUCUCUCUCCUCAAUACAUUCUCUCUUUGUCGACAACCAAGGAAGGAGGAAAACCAGCCCAUUUAACUCCAUUUUUGUGCUAAGGAAGAAGAAGAAGCAAGAAACCAUCCAAAAUUUCCAAACCCUGAGUCAAAAAACGCAGCAGCCACUUCAAGGAACAUCUGGAAGGUAUCGUAGAGAAGGUUCGAUGUUGGAAUAUUGAAGUUGAUGAGUUGAUCGUCGGAAAUCGUUGUUCAUCAAAAUAUCAAAAUCCUGGCAGCACAUAUCCAUCCACUUCUAAGCUAUGUUAGACCUGUUUAAUUUCAUUAUUUUGAUAUAGUUUCUUCACAAAAGUUAUAGCAUUACAUCUUAGGAAUCCACAGAAUCAAACGGUUUGCAAUUUCAUGAAGAAACGAUGGAGAUAUACCCAAAAUACAGCAGGCUGUCCAAUUGUGACGGGAAUGACAAAGUUGGUGAACUUCGACGUUGUUUUCACUCCCGUUCUUUUGCAAGGUUUUGGCUAUUGAUUUCCAGGUCUGUACCCUUGCGUUAAACUUGUCGAAUCAUUCAUCACAUACGUACAUGAAUGGUGGUCCCAAAGUGGUGAGAUACAAAGUCUAGAAGGGGGGGGGGUGAAUAGACUUUGUUACAAGUUUAAAAACUUUUUCGUUUCUUUUGAAAACGUGAAAAUGAGUGUUAAUCUAGAGUUCUUGUGAACUUAGAUUGUGUGCAGAAGUUGGCGGGUAAUUAGAGCAGUAAUCAAUAUGGAUGGGUUAGUUUCACAUUUAAUAUAAGCGCAAGUAUAAGUAAAGAUAAAAGAGAGAGAGACACGCAAACUUUAACGAGGUUCGAAGGUGGGGUAAUCCUUCUACGUCCUCAAAAUCCACUAUGUAGUUGGUUGUUGAAUAAUGAACCAACAAUUACACUUUUGUGAAUUUCUGCACGGUAUAUCUUCACAAGGCCAAUGUUGCUACUGCACUCGUGCUGGCUUUGUUGUUCCUUCGAAGGUCACACUUCUUUAACAACUGCAAGAUCCGAACAGUAGGACUUGCAAGAUCAACUUUAAGAAAAGUUGAUGUGCCCCGUUUUAAUCAAGAAGUUUGAUUAAAAGUUGUAUCCUUCAACGUGGUGUGGUACUUGAGGCAAGAAAACCUUCAAGUGUUUACACUAUAGCUCUUUGGAAGAAGGAGGAGUUUGCUUCUGGAUUUGUCUUCUUGUGUUUGUUCAGGAAUUCUGGGCGAGCUCUUCAAUUUGAGAAGUCCAGACUUUGUCUUCAAGUCAUUUGUUCUUGAAUCGGCUUAAUUAUCCUCAAUCUAGCCGUUGAAAAUCAAGAAUUUGAUUUUUCCUUACCAACGGGUAGAAUUUCUUCAUUCAUGACUUAGAUAAUUUUUAAGUCUUUUCUCACUAGUCUGCGUCUGAGAAUUCUAGUCUUCCUUGAGACAUCCGGAUCUUUGCUGACAAUUCCGGAUUAGUCAUUCUUAGACUUCCAGGUGAGAAAGAAAUCCGCGCUAGUCUUCCGAUCAGGGUGAGUUAGCCUUCAGCAGGUUGUUGCGAGACGUCCGGGUAUCAUAGAGUAUUCCGGAUUUUAAAAUCUUCAAAGUAACCAACUGCUUUGAGAAUUCCUUACUUGUCUCUGACAUUUCCGAUCAAGAAUUCCAAUUUCCAUAUCACUGAAUUUGAUUAAGUCUUCAAAGAGUAACAUCAAACCACAAAAUGAAAUAUCACAAGCUUUAUUGAAAAUCUCAAGAACUCGGUUUUAACAAUAUUUCUAAAAAGAAAAAUUACAUUGAAUAUUGGGGGUGACCUAAAGUCUCUAUUACAAUCUAAAUACAUCAUCAUCAAAAUCUACAAUUUUUUUCCCAACAAUGAAUAUAUAUAUUAAUCCUUAUGUUGAAAUCAUCCAAAAAUAUAUAUGUGAUACAUAUAUAAGUCAUCCAUGUGUUGAGAUCAAAAUACACAAAUCCAUAAAGUUAAUAUAUACAUAAGUAAAUAUAAACAUUGGAAAUCAACCCAACAACAUGUAUAUGUUAAUCAAAGGUGUUUAAAAGA